AUGUUAUUGGAGAUGGAGCAGCAUUCCGGCCUGAUAUCCCUGAAUAUGUCGCCGUUCCAUCUGAGCCCCCAGGGUAGUCCCCAAGGUGCAGCCGGUGCCGGCCAGCAGCAGCAGCAGCAACAGCAGCAGCAGCAGCAAGCGCAGCAACAACAACCGCAAUACGGUUCCUCGCCGUACGGCAAUUGCGCUCAGAGUCCACCCACGACGAUGUGCCACCAGUCGCAGUCGCAACAGCAGCAGCAACCGCAGCAACAGCAACAGUUGUCGGUGCACAGUCAAGCUCACUCGCAGGGUGGCAUCUCAAGCUUCGACGCCGCGUUCUUCGACUCGACCGGCCUGGAAGAACGAUGUCCCAUGUGCGGCGACAAAAUGUCGGGCACGGGACACUAUCAGUACGGCGUGCUGACGUGCGAGUCCUGCAAAGGGUUUUUCAAACGGAACAACUCACCGUGUAGCAGCAAAAAAGUAUACACGUGUCUAUUCUCGCCGACGGGAGGUGGGGGAGGUGGCGGAGGCGGUGGCGGCGGUGGUGGAGGUGGCGGUGGCGGAAACGGCGGCAACGGUAACAACGGUGGUGGAACCAGUGGCUGCGGCGCAUCAUCGGCACUCGAGAUCGGAUCUUGCGGCAACAAGAAGGUGUACACGUGUCUGUUCUCGCCAACAGGAGCCGGAAGCGGCACUGGCGGCGGCAGUGGAGGCAGCAAUGGCGCGGCGAACGGCGCCGGAGGUGGUUGCGGCACGUCGACAGCCCUCGAGAGUAGCGGUAGCAGUUAUACCGGUGGCGGUGCCGCCGGUACCGGCGGCGCAGGAGCGGGUGGUGCGGGUGCCGCUGGCGGCAGUGGGCCCACCGCAGGAAACGCCGCUGCUGGCGGCGGCGGUAGCGGUAGUGGUGCAGCCGGCGGCGGCGGAAGUGGCGGCGGAUCCGCUACGGUAAGCGCCAAUGUCGCGAUACCAACUACCACCUACUCAUUACCAACUGGUACUCUCUGCCACCCUGGAUUGGGCCAGGUCGGGGUUGGUGUCGUGACCGGCUCGAUACCGUGUCCGUCCGACUUCCCCGAUACCAAGGACAUCGUCAUAGAAGAGCUGUGUCCGGUCUGCGGGGACAAGGUGUCCGGCUACCAUUACGGGCUACUCACCUGCGAAUCCUGCAAGGGUUUCUUCAAGCGCACCGUCCAAAACAAGAAGGUCUACACGUGCGUCGCCGAGAGGUCCUGUCACAUUGACAAAACGCAACGGAAGCGGUGUCCCUUCUGCCGCUUUCAGAAGUGCCUCGAAGUCGGCAUGAAGCUUGAGGCCGUGCGAGCGGACAGGAUGAGAGGUGGUAGGAACAAAUUUGGACCUAUGUACAAGAGAGACCGAGCGCGAAAACUGCAAAUGUUAAGACAACGGCAGCUGGCACUGCAAACGAUACGCGGAAGCCUCGGUGACCCAUCGAACUAUCCCUCCGCCGUAACGCCUUUCCUGCAUAUUAAACAGGAGAUACAAAUACCUCAGGUCUCGAGUCUAACGUCUUCUCCAGAUUCGAGUCCAUCCCCCGCAGCCGUGGCCGCUGGUCUGGUCACGACACAAGCUGGCGGUGGAGCUGGUCAGCAUCAACUGAUCGCACCGUCCUCCCAGUUAAACAUUUCUGGCGGUAAUCACCUGCACAACCUCAACCCUGGCCUGGAUAGCAAGCUGUGGGCUGCCAAUUCCACCACCCCCAGCCCGAAGGCCUUCAACUUCGGCGAACAGUCCACGCAACCUCAUGGGGCCGCUGGUUCCGCACCCUCUACCGCCGCUUUGAAAACUAGUCCGAUGAUAAGAGACUUCGUACAAACGGUCGAUGAUCGCGAGUGGCAGGCAUCUCUUUUUGGACUGUUGCAAAACCAAACGUACAAUCAGUGUGAAGUGGACUUGUUCGAAUUAAUGUGCAAAGUGCUCGAUCAGAAUCUGUUCUCGCAGGUGGACUGGGCAAGGAAUUCUGUAUUCUUCAAGGAUCUCAAGGUUGAUGACCAAAUGAAGUUGCUACAGCACUCCUGGUCGGAUAUGUUGGUGCUCGACCAUCUUCAUCAAAGGUUACACAAUAAUCUACCUGAUGAGACUACACUUCAUAAUGGCCAAAAGUUUGAUCUCCUUUGCCUCGGCCUACUUGGAGUUCCUUCCUUGGCAGACCUUUUCAAUGAUUUAUCAUCCAAACUUCAGGAACUCAAAUUUGAUCUUUCGGAUUAUAUAUGCAUGAAAUUCUUGAUGCUGCUCAAUCAUGAAGUUCGUGGAUUAGUUAACAAGAAACAUGUACAAGAAGGUCAUGAACAAGUUCAACAAGCUCUUUUGGAUUACACAUUGACAUGUUAUCCUUCUAUACCGGAUAAGUUUAACAAGCUGCUAGCAGUAUUACCAGAAAUCCAUGUGGUAGCGAGCAGGGGAGAAGAUCAUCUUUAUCAGAAGCAUUGUAGCGGUGGAGCACCAACUCAAACUCUUCUCAUGGAAAUGCUUCAUGCUAAGAGAAAAUGAAACGAUAGAUUCGUUUGGCACUUUUGCCAUGAGUUAGUCUAUUACUAUAUUUCAAAAAUCAAGAUAGAGCCCCUUAUUGUCAGAGUGGACCUCAAGUACCUAUUAAGAGCUAAUGCUGCUUAGGUAUUGGACCAAGUUAAGGGGCCCUGGUUCAAAGAAUACCUAUGCAAACAAAUCAAGUAUAGACGUACAUACUUUACAUAUAUACAUAAUAUAUGUAUUAUAAAGUGUAUCUAAAUAUAUAAACAUAAUGACAUAUAUUUUCUAUAUUUGAUGUUGAAGUUUUAGAGAUGUAUCCAUGGAGAAUUAUUACCCCUGUUGGUGGGUAUAAGCGCAGGGAAACAGUAAGCAAGAUGCCUUGAAAACAGUACAAAGGGUGGUUAACAAAAUAUUGGUCAAAGGGCAGGCAACUUUUAUCUAAAUAAGUAAAGCUAUUUUUCUAAUACUAGAAGCGAUUAUUUUUAAGCAUAUACCACUGAAGCCUUGCUCUCAUUUUAACAAAAAGAUAAUCCUAAUAGUAAUGAACGAAAGAAAUUGUCGACUCUCCAGUCAAUCGUGCUUCUGCAAGGGAUUCAAUGGGCAUUCUUGAACGAGCAGUAAAAUUUCAUGUGAUAUACUUAUAUAUACAUAUAUACAUAUAUGUCGCACGGCCACCUGGGCAUCCUUAGAACUUCCUAUGAAAAAUCUGCAUUUUGUCACACUUGCACACAGCAGGGCUACUAUAUUGUAAAUACUAGAUAACACAUUCCAAUUACGUUGUAAAGUAUGAAUCAUGUUAAAUAUGUAAUUAUAAUAUUUUGUGUAUAGUUUAAUGAAAUAAAUAUAUUUCUGUUGCUUACUGAGAAAAAAUCAUUAGCUACUUAAUGUCUUCACUAAUUUUAGAGU